AUGAAACAUUCUUUAAAGAUGCCUACUCAUUUGGAAAAGAAUAAUCACCAACAAGAUCAAGUAGCAUGUGAAGAGAUUCUAGAGAAUGUUUGGGCAAACUUCAUAUCCAAGAAUGAUCAAAAUUCUCAAAAGGUGACAAAUGAAUAUUGUUGUGAACAAUAUUGGGAACAACUUCCAAUUCUUGAAAGAUUACCAAGCUUAGAAAGGUGGAUAUCAAUGGGAGCUGAAAGUUGGGAAGAUAUUCUUGAUGGUAUUAUUAUUCCUCCCCAUGACAACAAAAAUUCAAACGACGAAUCAACAAAUAAAGAUGAUGAAGACGUUGUCAACGUUGAGAAGGAGGAGAAGAAGAAGAUGGUAAUUAAUAAUACGCGGCAUUAUAGAGGGGUAAGAAGGAGGCCAUGGGGAAAAUACGCGGCUGAGAUAAGGGAUUCAUCAAGAAAAGGAGCUAGGGUUUGGCUAGGGACAUUUAAUACUGCUGAAGAAGCUGCUAUGGCUUAUGACAAGGCGGCUUUGAGAAUUAGAGGUCCAAAGGCCUAUUUAAAUUUCCCAUAUGAAAUUGUAGCUCAAGCCAUGGGAAUAUCUAAUUGUCCUAAUGAAAAAGAAUGGACCUUUUCAUCAUCAAGUCAAUAUAUUUCAAGAAAAAGGGUAUCAAGAGAUUGGAACAUGUAUGAAAAUUUGGAUGAAAUUAAUCAACUGCCUAAGGAGAAGAAAAUUAUGAAAAUCAUGGAGGAGGAUCUUUUGAAUGACGUGGAUAUCCUAGAGUUUGAGGAUCUUGGAAGUGAUUAUUUGGAUAGUUUAUUAUCCUCUUUGUAAUAGAAGAAAUAAUAAGUUUUAGAUACAAAAUAUAA